UAGAAACUGAAACUAUGCAAACCACAAAAUUCUGUAAAAUUAAUCACAAUGUGAAAACAGGUUAAUGUAUCUUCAAUACAAAUUGAAAUGCUAUGAUAAGUAAUGUGCUAUGGCAGGAGUAAGAGUUUCACAGAUUUCUCGUGACCUAGAUGUAGAAGACCUAAAGAUAUACUUUAGCAACACUAAACAUGCUGGUGGAAAAAUAGAAAAGAUUUACUUCCCUUUACUCAACAAUGAUGCAGUCAUAUUUUUUCGAAAUCAAGAAGUUGUUGACUUACUUCUAUCCAGAGAUCACAACAUUGAUGGACAUGAUGUACAUGUUGUCAGAACAGAACAAAUGAUAUUCUCAGAAAUAUCAGCCAAACUCAAUCCAGAAAUAUCAUCUUUAGUAGCAGUAUCCAACAGAAUCAAAGAUCGUUUAGAAUAUGUCAUCGAAGUACAAUUGGAAGAAAAUCCUGAAGAUCAUUGUUUGGUGUUGAUUGGAAACAUUUUUCAGAUUGAACUGGCAUGGAAUGCUAUUAAUCAUUCUCUCAAAGCACAACGUAAAAUCCAUUCUAAAAUUUACCAAAGGCAAGAAUCUAAGGAUGGAGACAGAGAAAGGUCAAAAUUGAGGACAGAUGAAGAUAACGAUGCUAGAGAGUCUAGUUUUAAUGUAAGUCAUGAUUCUCUGUCUCACAAGUUUAGAGAACGGACAUCUGGGAAAACGUCAAGAAAUGUGUCACAAGAGAUUCCUUUUGCUGACCUUGAUUCUGACCCUUAUACAUCUCAUGGUUAUCAGAAACGCUCUACUGCUAGAUUUGUAGAGGAAUCUGCCAACAGGAGACCAACAUCUUCCCACAAGAAGGAAUCAGUAUUAAAGGAAGUUGACAAUAUGCCAAAUUAUUUAUCAUCACAUUAUGACUCCAGUCAUACAGAUCCCCAGGUACGACCAAAGACUGGCACCAUUAUCCAACCAAACCAAACAGAUAAUGAUAGUACUAUCCCAAAAUUUUCCUGUUUUGAUGAGUUGGAACCUGAUUUAUCUGGUACAUUAAAAAAGAGUGAUAGAACCCAAUCACAACAAAAGAAGUCAUUGAGUUCAAAUCCUGACCAUAGGAAUGUGCAUCCCUCUGAUUCAAUAACUUUACUUGGUAGUGAGACAUAUCAAGUUACUGAGCCAAAAGUUCACAUAACCAACAUCGGUGACCUAUCUGAUGACACUGAUGAAGAUGAAGUUCAGAGGCUAUUCAAAAGUUCAAAAGGGUCAUCUGAUAGUGAAAGGUCUCGACAAGCCAAUGACACAUUCAGAGAAUUCUCUGCUUCCAGUCCACAGAGAACUUUUCCUGAAGAGAAACCAAUAGGAAACCAGUCCAUGUUUUCUACUGAUUUUUCUCUAUCAUCUUACCAAGAAUUUACUGUAGGAAGUCUUAAAGUUGUUGUGACGCUCCAAAACAUAACAGCAGUUGAAACAGAUGGAUUAGUUAAUGCAGCAAAUGGAAGUUUGUUUAAUGGUGCGGGUGUUGCAGGUGCCAUCUCUAAAGCUGCUGGUUCUCGUCUGGACACAGAGUGCGAAGACUUCAUCAGAAACCAUGGGAGUAUGGGUACAUCACAGGUGAUGCACACGAGUGCUGGAGGUCGAUUGAAGGUCCGUCAUAUACUACAUGCUGUUGGACCUAUCUGGCUGGAACAAAGACAAGAGAGAUGUACUUAUGAAUUGAUACAGACUUAUAUGAAUUGUUUUGAGUAUGCUGAUUCUAAACUAAAGAUAUCAUCUGUCAGCGUUCCUUGUAUAAGCUCAGGUAUAUUUGGUGCCCCUUUGGAUACCUCAGUUCAGUGCUUUUUAGAUGCAGUUUUGUUAUAUUAUGAUAAGAGCAAGACAAAUCUGAGACAAAACUUGAGAGAAAUUCACAUGGUAAACAAUGAUGAGGAUGCUGUGGUUACAACAAUUGUUAUCAUCCAUUCUCUACUGGAAGGAGGUGUACCAAAAGCUGUCCAGACAGCAAAGGUCAAGUGCCUAGAACUGAAGGAGAAGGUGGAUAUAAGUACUCCAAGGUACUAUUCUCAUACAGACGAUUGGGGUCCUCAGACUCUGCCUGUCCAGGGAAAGAGUUUAAGACGAUCUUCAUCACUGGAUCGAACUCCAAGAUCUAAAUCUGACAGACAUGAGUUGAAAACAACAGUUUAUAAUCCCAGUAAUGUUAAUUCUUCUGCUGUGCCAAAGUUUUCUUCCCCAAGAACGACCAAUAGUAAUUAUAAGACAUCUGGUAUUAGUUCUAAAUCCCCAGGGAAGUCUCCAGUUUUAAAACAAACUCUGACAAAUCUCUCCUCACUCAGACCAAAGACAGCACCAAGUAAAAUCAAAGCCUCAAGGUCAAGGACCGAUGAGAAUGGACAGAACAGUGAUUACAAGCUAACAAGCGAUUUAAGAAUGAAUGGAGAUUUUGAUGGAACAGCUAGUCUCCCAGCACAUCUAGUUUAUCAAAAUCACAUUGAGGAAUGCCCUAUCUGUUAUGAGAGAAUGAAAAAUCCCAAAACUCUGGACAAGUGUGGACACUCAUUUUGUCAGAAGUGUGUUGACAGACAUUUUGCUAGUGGUAAACCUGUUUGCCCAACCUGUGGUACUCUGUAUGGGAUUGUCAGGGGAGAUCAGCCAUUAGCCUCAAUGACAUCUAAGAUAGACAGAUUGUUGAAGAUACCAGGUUAUGAGGAUUGUGAAGGAGCUAUUGUCAUUCAGUAUGAUGUUCCAGCAGGGGUCCAAAUGAGAAAUCAUCCAACUCCAGGGAGAAGAUACAAAGCCUUAAAGAGGACAGCUUAUUUACCAAAUAACAGCGAGGGAAAGCAGGUCUACAAACUUCUAAAGAGAGCAUUCGAUAACAAAUUAAUCUUCACCAUCGGAGCAUCACGGACAACAGGGAAGGAAGAUGUUUUAACCUGGAAUGAUAUUCACCACAAAACCAGUGUGGAAGGUGGCCCAACCAAAUUUGGCUAUCCAGAUUCUACUUAUAUGAACAGAGUGAGAGAAGAACUUGCAGCUAAAGGCAUCGUAUAAUGCUAUUUUACUGAUUGACAGAUUUGGUUUAAUAUAUAAUGAUAAUUUGAUUCCUGAACUCAUUUGGUUCUGACAAAUUCUUAAGAUUUGAAUUGAUAUCAAUCAUCUGUAUUGUGGAUAGGUUUUGAUGCCCUGUCCAUAAGAGAACUUCAUUUUCCAGUCAAUUUGUCCAUUUGUCUCUACCUAAACUAAUAUAUAUAUUUGUCUGCGACUUCUGUAUGAUGUUAAAGUUUUGAUCAAAGUUAGUUUGUGUUCACAUCAACUGAAUUUAGUACACAUGUUUAUUAUGAAGUGAACCAAUUAAUAUAGAGUUAUUCUUAAAUUUAGUUUAAUAGAUAUGGAACCAAUAUGUUAAGUAUUAUUUUUAACAGGAGUAGUAUUUAAGUUACUUUUCUGUGGGUUUCAUUGUGAAAAUACUUUGAAUGAUAAAAAAUAAAACAAUGGGAGUUGUUUGCUAUCUAAAAAUUAUUGAGACAAACAUAUAUUA